UAUCUGUGUGGUCACGUGGGUCCGUCUCUAUGCCCUUAUGUGGGAAGGCGGAAGGCGCGCACCUGUGAGCUGACGUCACGACCCCAACGUACCUGCAGCCACUCAUCUCUUUGAGCAACGACCAAAGCCCUCUGCGCUAACCGAACUCUUUCAGAAGUCAACUGAAACUACUCUCCGGAGACACGGACGCUCGUUGGACUCGAACACUUGGAUAUACUUUCAUUUUGUCGUCGGCGUCGCUAGCGGUAGAGCAUUUUGGGGAUCGGUAAGAAGAUGGGGACCGCCUGGUUCGCGGUGUGGGGGACUUUCUUCGUCCUGCUUCUGGCUCCAGUUUGGUGUGAGGAGCAAUCCUGUGUUCCCGGAUUUGGGUCAGACAUGAAGGUUUUCAAAGUGAGCAGACCACAACUAGGACCGGGUACACGGCUGGGAAAAGUGGACUUCACAGAAUGUUCGGAGCGCAGCAGGUUUCCUUUCUCCAGUGAUGACUCUCGUUUCGCGGUCCAGACUGACGGGGUUGUGGUGGUAAAAAGACAGUUUGUUCUUCAUGGCAAACUUGAUUUCUUGAUCCACACGUGGGACUCGCAAGGGCGCAAGGUGACUCUUCCUGUCAGGGUAGUGCAUCAACGAGACCACCAUGUUGCAGAGAGCGCAGAUGAUCCCGACGUGCCUGUUUUGCGUUUUUCAAGAGCUGGCACCGGCUUGAAGAGGAGAAAGAGAGACUGGGUUAUUCCCGACAUCAAUGUUGCAGAGAACGACAGAGGUCCUUACCCGCUCAAAGUAUCCCAGAUUCGGUCCAACGAAGACAAACUGAAGAAGAUUUUCUACAGCAUCACCGGUCCGGGAGCCGAUCAGCCUCCCGUGGGACUUUUUAACAUGGACAGAGACACCGGAAACCUUUACCUCACGGAACCACUGGACAGAGAGAAGCAGGACAAGUACCUGUUCCAAGCACACGCUGUGGCAGACGGGUCUGGGAAUGCCGAGGAGCCCAUGGAGAUCGUCGUGAACGUCAUUGAUCAGAAUGACAACAAACCCGCAUUUGAAAAAGACACGUUCCGCGGGGAAGUGGCUGAGGCGUCACCAAAAGGUUUCGAGGUGAUUAAGGUGGUUGCCACGGAUGCGGACCAGCCCAACACCGACAACUCGGACAUCCGUUACCGCAUUAUCAGUCAAGACCCCGAGCUGCCCAGAGCUGGUCUGUUUGACAUAAACCCGGUGACCGGAGCCAUCAGAAUCAACGCGGGGGGCUUAGACCGAGAGAAAUAUCCAAAGUACACACUGGUGGUGGAGGCAGCCGACAUGGUGGGUGAGGGCUUGACCGGGAAGGCCAACGUCAUCCUCACUGUGACAGACAGCAAUGACAACGCUCCAGUGUUUACUCAGAACUCUUACGAAGCAUCCAUAGCGGAAAACAAAGUGGACGCUGCUGUCAUUCGGAUGUCUGUGACGGACGGAGACGAGCCACAUUCUCCAGCCUGGAAUGCAAAGUUCAAGAUUGUUGACGGCGAUCCCGGAAAUUUUUUCUCUGUGGAAACGGGAGCCAACAAGAAUGAGGGAAUCAUCAAAACUGUCAAGGGUCUGGACUUUGAGAAGAGCGCCAAGCACACUUUGCUGGUCGCCGUGGAGAACGAAGUCCCGUUCGCUACCCCCUUGCCCACCGCCACCGCCACCGUGGUGGUGAACGUCAUCGACGUCAACGAAGCCCCGGUCUUUGAGCCGGUGCAGAAACUUGUGUCUAAACGCGAGGACCUUGCCGUUGACGCCGACGUGGUGCAGUACACCGCCUCGGACCCCGACAUUGCACGCAAGCAGUCGGUCAUGUAUAAAAUCAUCAGCGACCCGGCAGGCUGGUUGAAUGUGGCCAAACUCACGGGCGUGAUCACGGUGAAGAGUCCCAUGGACCGAGAAGCCGUCUUUGUCAAGGACAACAAAUACACCGCUCUCAUCGGCGCGUACGACAACGAUGAAGUCCCAGCCACUGGAACCGGUACGCUGAUAAUCCUCCUCGAGGACGUCAACGACAACGCACCCACAAUUGAGGAGCGUUCCAUCACGGUGUGCAACAAAGAGUCGGCCCCUCAGUUGCUGUCUGUAACGGAUAAAGACGGACCUGGUUUUGCCGGACCAUACAGAGUCUCCUUGGAGGGCAUGUCCAAAAACAACUGGACGGCAAGAAUGAAUGAUUCUAAAACGGGCAUCAUCUUGAAUUUGGCCACCGAGUUGGCGAGCGGGGAGUACACCGUGGUUCUCCGUGUGGCCGACAACCAGGGCCUCCAGCAGGACAGCACCGUUCAGGCCAAAGUGUGCGACUGCACCGGGGAAGAGGUGGUCUGCAAGGGCCGCGUGGCGGGCGGCACGGACUUGCCGGUUAUACUGGGAAUACUGGGAGGAAUCCUCCUGCUUCUCUUGCUGCUGCUCCUGCUGCUGAUGUUUGCGAGACGCAGAAGGGGAGAGCAAAAGGAGCCUCUGCUGCAGGACGACGAUAUCCGAGACAACAUCUACUACUAUGACGAAGAGGGCGGUGGAGAGGAUGAUCAGGACUAUGAUCUCAGCGUCCUCCACCAAGGCCUGGACAACCGUCCCGAGGUGUUCAGGAACGACGUGGUGCCCAACUUCCUGCCAGCCCCGCAGUACCGACCUCGUCCCGCCAACCCGGAGGAAAUCGGCAACUUCAUUGAUGACAACCUGAAGGCGGCCGACAACGACCCGACGGCGCCCCCCUACGACACCCUGCUGGUGUUUGACUACGAGGGCGGGGGCUCCGACGCGGGAAGCCUGUCCACCCUCAACUCGUCCAGCAGCGGAGACCAGGACUAUGACUGUCUGAGCGAGUGGGGACCUCGCUUCAAAAAGCUGGCGGACAUGUACGGGGGGGGGGAGGAGGACGACAUGCUGUAAAAACGUCGGAGCCAACCAACGCCUGGCCUCAAAUUGGGGGGGGGGGGAUUUGCAUCGGCAAAUGAUUUGCACACCGCAGCCGUGUUAGCAUCCACUGCUCAACAGCUCAGUUUUUCCCCAACUUUCAUUUUGGUAUUCGCCCGUUUAAGUGCUUGAGGUUUGAAUUCUCUUUUUGUAAAAAUGCUUUUAGUUGAGCUUUUAGCCGACGCUCUUCUGGUUCUUCUGGAUAUUUUUGCAUGUUUACUGAUGCAACAUAUUUUUUUUUAUGUAAUCCCACUGACGGUAGAUGUUUGAAUAAAGUACUCCACUUCUAACGCCCUGUGGAUAACUACUUGAACAGCGGAACCCGUUUAUGUCGACGCCCCUCCAACUUAGGUCAACUUAAGCCGCUAAGAUGACCUCACAGAAAGCUUGUACAUUUUACUUGGAACUUUGUCCGGUUGACAUGUUAAGGAGAAUGGAUGAUGAUGAUGAUGAUAAAGGACUUUUUCUUUGUUCA